GAGACCAAUUUUAUCAAAACAAGCAUAAUUGAUAAAAUCAGUCAAUUUCUGCAAUCUUCUGAAUCUUUCUUGCCAACUUACAACAUAUUUUUUUCUCUCUUUGGAAUAGAUGUAUUUUCUUGUUGUCUUUAACUUUUUCAACUUUUUUCUAGUUUUCGUUUGUGCCUACGGUUUAGGAUGUUUUGGAAUAUAAGCUGACAAAUAUACGGGUAUUUGAAUACAUCGAUAUACAUAUAUUCAAGUUUUGGAGAAGGAUGUGUCAGAGGUGUCAGUUUUAAUUUUAAAAUGAAUCAAAGUGUGCUCAUUGGACAAAUUUGGUAUAACUUCUCAUCAGCUGAACUUAAGUUAUCACUGUAUUUCUUCGCUGUUUUGAAGAAAGAUACCGCUUUUAACGAGGUCCAAACACAGUGGGUUUGUUUAACCUAGAAAAUCUUCAAGUCUAAUUUAAAGCUGAAGAAAAUGUUGAAAGCACUGUUCCUGUGCAGCCUGAUGGUCUUAGGUUUCUUCCCAAAAAAUGCCCAGACCACGUGCACGGUACCCAAUAACGACCCUAAUGCAUCAUGCCGAUUGGUAUACAGAUGCAGAUACUAUUACGGCUACUACUAUUACUACUAUGACUGUUCAUGUACCUGCAAUCCGGGGUUUACUGGGACUGCUGGGUACUGCACAGCUAUAAAUCCAUGCGCCUCUGGCCCAUGUCAAAAUGGAGGCAACUGCACGGUACUAACCACUGGCUACAGUUGUCAAUGCCCUCCAGCCUAUGCCGGGACUAACUGCCAACUGACUCAAUGUGAUAUCCAACCUGAUGCGACUUGCUUGCGGCAAUAUAAAUAUUGCUACUAUUGGGGCUAUAUUUAUUAUUACACAGUCUGCGAGUGUACUUGUAAUGACGGUUUCAUCCAAAUUGGUGACACUUGUGUUUAGG